AAAAAACAAGCAAUAUGGAUCCGUUCACAGAGAAACUUCUAGAAAGAACUCGAGCCCGCCGAGAAAAUCUCCAGAAGAAAAUGGCAGAUAGAUCCUCAGCAGCUGCAAGACCAGUUGCAAAAAGAACCAGGGAACCUCUUGCAGAAACAAACAAACAACCACUGCAGCCUGCAGAGGAGGUACAACCUUCCACCAAACCAUCUCCAUCAAAAAAAAGAUGUUCAGACAACAAAGAAGCUUCUGCCUUUGGUGUAGAGAACAGGCUACCCAUAUCCCCUGAUCCUUUGCCUGAACCAUCUGAAACGGCUCGUAUACCACCAGAAGCUCCUGUAAGCAGUGUUUCAACAAUAACAAAGUCUGUCGCAGCCACUGACAAGAAGGGAGAUACCGAUGUGAAAUGUACAAGUCCUGCAAGAACUUCAGUGAAAUCCCGCUUGCAGAAACUGGCAGAACAGCGACGAUACUUGGACAAUGAUGAGCCUACUUUGGAAAGCGCACACCUUUCACCUGUGCAGUCUCAAAAGAAAGUACCCUCGCCUCCUAGGCAGACAGCCGUUGCUGUAUCAUCUGAGACUCCAGUGGGAAGAAAAGGCAGAUUAGCAAACCUUGCUGCCACAAUUGGCUCGUGGGAAGAUGACCUAAGUCACCCAUCUGUAAAGAGAAACAAUGCACAAGAACAGCCUGGCACCACUUGUUUAUCAAAACAGUCCACUACAAAUGGAGCAUCUGCUUGUGCUAGCAGCAGCAGCAGCAAUGUAAAGCCACACACUACAUCCUAUUUUCAAAAGACUGCUGAAGCCCCAGUGAAUAAGCCAAUCAUUUCUGCUCAACAGGGUUCAGUGCAUUUGCCGGUUAAGUCAACCCAAGAUUUUCCACCAAGUCCCAAGAAAACCGAAAUACCAAAACUACAGUCACAGUCGGGGAGACAAAUUCCUUCCAGUCCCCAGAAAACAGAGAUAUCCAAACCACUGGCUACACUACAGUCAGGGCGAAAUAUUGCACACAGCCCUCAGAAAAACGAGGCACCCAAAGCACAGUCUCCAUUUCAGUUAGGAAGAGUACUAUCUCCCAGUCCUAAGAAAACAACUGAGGUACAGGCACUGCAGUCAACCAAAGUAGCUUCAACACUCCUCCAGUCAAGAGAACAGUUAACCAAAGAAACUCAUGUUCAGCAACAGGAGAAGGAUACAUCAUCUACACCAGGUGGAACAGGCAUUAAAUCUUUCCUUGAACGUUUUGGAGAACGUUGCCAGGAGCGCACAACCCAGAGUCCUCCAAGUAGCUUGGGACAAAGAACAGCCACUGUCACACCAAAUACAAAGACUGUCCAGGAAAGGUUAUUGAAAGCAAAGCAAUUAACAACUACUACAGCUGAUCUAACUCAAAAGCAGAGACAGGAGCGUGAAAACGAACUUGCGUCAAUUCGUAAUCGUUUCCAGAAGGGUAACAUGUGGACUUGUGACAAGAAAGAUGAAAGCUCAGAUACGAAGCCGCUGCAAACUAACAAGGAUGCUUCUGAAACACAAGAGGUUCAAUAUUCUGAGCCCCAGCAGAUACAAUCUUUUUCUGCAAAAGGCAAUGAAUAUGAGGGUUCAUAUUUAAAAUCUUCAGGAUCAAGUUCUCCAGGUAUUACAAGCAUCCUUAAAGAAACAAAGCUGGCAGCCAGUCCUGUAAAAUCCAAACCUUUGAUAAAAGUGACUUUCUCAUCAGAAGAAAUUAAAUCUACAGAACUUCUAUCAAGAACAGAUGGAAAGCAAGAUGCUCAUAACUGUAAAUAUGAAGUGGUGCGUGAAAUUGAGUUGAAUGUGGAUGAAGAAGAGAUCAACAGUUCAGGAGUCAUUGAUGAUCUGUUUGAUGGUGUCCUGGAGGAGGAGCAAGAACAAAGUAAGAAGAGCCCAAAAAGAGAAACGCAGUCGUUUGAACAGGAGGAGGAUGAAGAGGAUAAUGACGAACUAAAUAUUUCCUCAAUGUCACUUCUCACACCCUUAGCUGAGACUGUAAAUGCAGUAGUGACAAGUCCAGAGAUUUCGACUCCAACCAGUACAGCUUUUGACCUUAGUGAACCUCCUGAUGCAAACAGACCCACACGAUUCCAGAGGGCUCGAGUGCCGUAUGCAGAGUCUGCUGACAGCAUUGAAUUGGCUGGAGAUGACCUGUUGUACAGUAUUGAUGCUUAUAGAUCAAUAAGAUUUAAGGAAACUGAACGUCCACAAGUUAAACAAGUGAUUGUUCGUAAAGAGGAUGUUUACCAAAAACUAGAAGAGAAGAGAAAUACUGGCCAAGUGAAUAUAAAACAAAAAAUGAAGAUUCUGAAUGAUGAGAUAAAUAUGCAACAGACUGUGAUUCAUCAGGCCAGCCAGGCAUUAAACUGCUGCACAGAUGUAGAGCAUGGGAAAGGGUCCCAAGUGGAGGCUGAAGCUGAGAGGUUGCUUCUUGUUGCCACUGAGAGAAGAGUGGCUCUGCUUGCAGAGAUGAAUAAACUUAAGAAAGAGGGACCUUCUGGUCAAAAGGCCUCAAGCACAGUUAAAGCACAAGACAGCUCUGCUUCCAAAGGGUCAGUGGCACUGUCAGAGAUACGUCUGCCUCUGAAAGCUGAUUUCAUUUGCUCUGCUGCCAACAAGCCAGAUGCAGAAAACUAUUAUUUCUUCAUAAUGAUCAGAGCUGGAGCCGAAAACACAGUUGCUACACCAUUAUCCAGUACCCAAAAUGCAUUGUGUGGAGAUGCCCUGUCAUUCCCGACCAAGUUUACAUUACCAGAUGUGUCAAGUGACUUUGAAAUAGAUAUGGAAGUUUACAGUUUGGUACAAAGGCAGGACAUACCUGCUGACAAGAGGAGAAAAGGCAACAAAUCAAAGGCUAUUACACCAAAGCGACUACUUACUUCACUUACUAAGGGUAACCUUCAAACACCAGUUCUGGCCAGUCCUGGAGGCCCCAAUGCAGUUCGUACCAGUCAUUUUGCAUUGGUUGGAUCACACAAACUAACUCUGUCCUCAGUUGGGAAAAAUAAAUUUACACUGGAUAAGGUUCAAUUUUUGUCUCCUCUGGAAGGCCAUAUUUAUCUGAAACUUCAAUGUCAGGUUGGAUCGUCAAUUGAAGAACGAGGAUUUUUGACAAUGUUUGAAGAUGUAAGUGGAUUUGGAGCUUGGCAUAGACGAUGGUGUGUACUCUCAGAAUAUUGCAUCUCGUACUGGACCUACCCAGAUGAUGAAAAGCGCAAGAACCCAAUUGGUCGGAUAAACCUUUCUAAUUGUACAAGCAGGAAGAUUGGUCCAGCAAACCGGGAAUUCUGUGCUCGCCCCAAUACGUUUGAAUUAAUUGCAGUCAGACCUCAGCGAGAAGAUGACAGAGAAACACUGGUUAGCCAGUGUAUGAACACAAUGUGGGUUACCAAAAACUGGCUGUCUGCAGACACAAAGGAAGAACGUAACCUAUGGAUGCAGAAACUGAAUCAAGUUUUAAUUGACCUGCGCAUGUGGCAACCUGAUGCUUGUUAUAGGCCUAUUUAAGGAAUAAGCAGAUGUUUUUUAUACCAUAAAUACCAUUGAAACAAAAUGUUGUGUUCUGUAACUUUAGAACAUCACAAAUGCUCAAUCUCAUGAGCCAUUUCAUUACCAUAUUGUAUCUUUAAAGUAAUCACAGUGAAACCUUAUAAACAAGUAAUCUGGUGUUAAACAGUAAUUAGUACUCCAGGUUGUUCCUCUAGAUUUCCCCCUAAGGUUUUUGCUGUUUUUAUGAAGGGAUCAGUGUCUUGAACUUUAGUUUGUCUGAUUUAUUUUGUUGCAGCAUUCUAUUGACUCAUAUUGAUUGAGUUCAAGUGUUACCCAUAGUCAUACGUGCAUCACAUGAGCUGCAGUACUGCUCAGGCGUGAUUUGCCACCUAAAACUGAUCGGGACGACAACGGGCGUACCAUAAAGUAAUAAAUACAUUUUUUUAAUGUCUUAAGUAUUUUAUUCUUUAUACAUUGUCUAAUUGUAUAAUACAUUGAUACUAGUGAUGCAAUACCACUGUAUUGCGCUUCUGUCACAGUUAAAAAAAAAAAAAAAAACCUGUAUCUGUAAUAAUGGUAUGUUUGGCUGCACAAAUCAUCAGUUUAGUUUUUACUGAAAAUCAAUUGGAUGUCAAACAUCUGAAAGAUUUGAUUAAAAAAAAAAAAAAAAAAAAAAAAAACUUAACUGAUCAUAUCCGACUUGCAUCCCUAGUUUGACUGUUAGAAAAUUAUAUUGCACGUGUCAUAUAAAGCUUAGAAAAGUUUAAACCCUGCAUAGUUUCAAAUGUUCACUGAAAGUUGCUGAACUUAAGAGCAUGUUUUUCCAUUGUAAUCUCUGAGCUCUUGCUCUCAGCUAUACUUAUUGUGGUGCUGUAAAGUAGUAGGCCUAGGUACCCUGAAGCACACCAAGGUGUUGUAUCUGUAUGUUCUGUACAUCGACCUUAAAUAUUUUUCUUGAUAAAUAUGGAUUAAGUACUUA